AUGGCUUCUGUGUCAGAGUUGUCGUCGUCGGUGGCGAUGAAGGCGCGGUGGUGUUGGGUGAGGAAAUCGAUUUCGUCCGGCGAUUCAUCGCGCGAGUGGCGCCCAAUGAUGUCGAGUUCGUCGGGCGACUCCUCAGCCGAUGCGGGCUCACGGUACGUGCUGAAGUCUGGGCGGUGCACGUCCGGUGGGCCGAGGCGAGUCGGGGUCUGUGAGCCGAUGAGGUCCAGAGGGUCGGCGGAGUAGUCAGAGUCGGUCGGUAAGGCCGAGGGUGACGAUGACGCAGCCAACGACGGUGACAGCGCAGGCGACGGUGACAAGGGAGUUGCGGGCGACGGUGACGAGGACGGCUCAGGAGACGGUGACGAGGACGAUUCGGCAUCUGUGGAAUUAAGUAAGGUUCCGCCAGUGUACCCUGGGGCCACGUCAACGGCGCUCAUGGCAGAGUCAUCAAGAGAGGAUGAGACGUCCAUGUGCGCCGACCUUACUAGUGGGGUCCAUGUCUUGACAACGGCUUGGGAUUCGGUGGUCGGGCAAGCGCUGGCGAAGUGCGUGUCGGCGUCUUGCUCGGUGGAGUCGCUACUAUUCGAUCAACUCUACUACGUCAGCGAUGUAGUUAUAGCCAAGAGUGAUGAAUAG